UUUCAUCACCAAGAGUACAAGUCGUCAUUCAUUCAAUUUUUGAAGUGAAGUUCUAUAUUGCAACGAAACUUGACUACAAAAUGGUCAAAGUAAUACAGUCCGUGGUUCUUUGCAUCUUACUUGGUUUUGUGUAUGGUGCGCCAGCAGACGCUACGAGUACUUUUCAACACAAGUUUGAGGAAACUUUCGAUGUCGAAGGGCAAACUUUGACCGACAAAUUGGAACUAACAGAUGACGGCAUUAUAAUAAAUGUAGAGGAUCAAGAUGGGUCCAUUGCUUUGACAGUGUCCACUGACUACACUCAUGGACUGCUUAUUCAUCGAUACCAUCCCGAUGACAAUUGCUAUAUAUCCAGCAUAGCACAGUAUGAUGACACAAAAUCGGUAAGCAAAUAA